UACAUAAAUGUGUAAAAUAAUGAAUGGUUGAGCUCUCAAUCAGCAAAAGUACCUACAAAUUCAGAUUUGAGAAAACCAACAUUUUUAUCGUUUCAGAAAAAAUAUUGUUGCAAAUAAUAUAUACUUUAAGUUCCAGUAAAAGCAGAAUAUCUUUAAACAAACUGUGAAUUCACAAUGACGUUCUUCAGCCAUGCACGCAUUUUUUCGUUUUGAUGCUUUGUAUAAGUGAUACAGAAAUGUGCCAAGAGCUUUUGUUGUGAAAAAUAAAACCGGAAGGAGUACAGUUGCUAAAGCUGUCGCAGCUAGCGAUGGACAGGGCUGUGGGAGAAAUCGCAUGGAGGCCACCACGGGCAUGUGAAGACUACUGGAGCGAGUUUAGACACUGCAAAAGUUUUAAAAACUGGUUUCACCACUACUACACUUACGGUACCGUGCCAUCCUGCCAGCAGUGGAAAGAGGACUACCAUAACUGCAGAGAGUGGGAGAAACACAGAGGCACCGAGGCUAAGGAGGCGUUGCGGAGAAGUGAGAAAAUCAGAGUGGCAGAGCAAAGAAACUUCAUUCCAGUGUGGCAGCUGAGGCAGGAGCCUCCUAGAGACUGGCACGUGCCACUGAACCAGGAGAAGCCUCAGGACUCCUGAACAUCGAGUUUUGACAACAUGCUUAGUUUCAGUUUAAGAGCCUGGACAUUCUCGUAAUCACGAGAUGUCAUCAGUUGUAUUCAGAGAACUGCUGUAUGUAAAAUGAUAUAUACAGUAUGUCUAACAAUGCUGGCAGCAGCUAGUGCUCAGCGAUAAGGAUUAGCUGUUUUAUCAGUAAAUAUGAUCCGUUUCCAGACAGGCUGGUGUCUCAUAGGUACUAAUUCUGCAAAGCUUGUGUAAACUUAAGCACAAAGACCAGACUGCACUCAGAGAAAAUUAGCUCUAUAUUAUCCUUAUGUUGACAGAAUAUAUAGUCAGUACAGGUAAUCAGUGAUCUGCUUCAUUCUCCUUGAAAAAGGUGAAGAGCCAGGUGUUUGCAUGGUACCUGUAGGCCUAUCUGUAUUUGUCAGCUGCUCAGCAAAUGAAUUGACUUUAAGAAAGGUUAAUGAUGUAGGUAUAUGGGAUGUUUAAUCCUACUGAAAAAUCGAGAUGACAGAAUUCAGAGUUGUGUAGCAGUUUUCUGCCUUAUGACAUGUUCAAAAAGAUUCUGAAAACUGGAUCAAUAAAAAGAUUUAUUCCAUUAUUAUAGACAAAUAUUAACGUGACACAAACUCACUGUAACUCUCACACAAUGAACGACAAUGAAGGAAUAAAGACAGUGUGCUUAAAA